AUGGCUAAAAAAGCGAAAUCACGAACCAUCGCCGUCCGCCUCAUCAGCAUGGCCAUGACAGGCUACUACCGAACGCUGGUGCGGCCUCGCGCCUCCCGACCGCUGAGUAUGUUGAAAUACGACCCUGUGGUCAAGAGGCAGGUCUUGUUUCUGGAGCAGAAGAGGGGGAAAUGA